AUGAUGGCUGCAAGGCACAUAAAAAAUGUUACCUUACCCGCGAUAACCUUCACAACAAACCCACAGCGUCAUAACGGCCCCUGUAACCGCGUGUCCACAGCAAGCGCCACAGCGGUGUCAAAGCUUGUUCGCAGGCGCACCCACAAGGCCCAAUGCGGCAAGCGUCGUCAGCCCUUUUCACAGAAACGGACACUCGGCCAAACCAUCGGGUUGCGCAUCACCACCUUGUGGAGUCAACCCCGCGCCUUCGGCUCUUAUUUUCUUAGCCACAGUCACAUUCAUAGCGAUGCUUUUGUUGAGGCCCUCGGGAAGAUUCCUAGCUGCUCCACAGUGGCCAAUCAUAUGCCACUCGUUCACACUGUGAAUAUAAUCGCACUAAGAACCACGCUCCAUACAAGUUUUCGCCUAAAGCAAACUAGCUUUUUCUUCUUCUUCUUCCCUUUACUCUCUUUGAUUUCACUAGAGCAACAAUCUCUGGCUAUUAAAGACGGAAAGCACAAAAAGAAAAUGACCAGCGAAACCGCCACCGAGACCAAGGCGGCUGCUGCUGCGCGCCAUCCAAACCCCAAAGACUCCAUGAAGUCUACAUGGCGAACCGCUGACAAGAAGACAUGGACCAUUCACCACAAGCUCAUCGACUGGAUCGACGUCCAUCCCACUAUCCUGGGCAAGCCGCCUCCUGUCUUUCAAAAGACGGAUCCGAUUCCCUACUUGCCUCACUGGGAGCAGCAUGCCCUCAUUCUCUACCACUCCUUCAUCGCCCUAGCCUUGCACCAGGCUUUUACUCUUUUGACCGGUAUCACCCUGCCGCCCAUUGUCGCAGGCAUCUACUAUACCGUCGCCUUUGACGUUAUUGUGAUCCGCGAGGCGCAUCUCAUUCGCCGCCUGGCCUAUGUCUACGGAUACCUCGAUGGUGAUGUCCACCCACGCGAUGAGAUCCCAGAUGUCGGCGUCAACAAGAUUGCCACUGUGCUUAACAAGGUCACCGGAGCACGCAUGGCCAUGCACGUCUUCUUCACCUACAACCGCAACCAGCUGCCCUUUGAUGUCAUGCUUGAUGGCAAGUGGUGGCUCUGGCUCAUCAUCGAGAUGUCUCUCUACCCCAUUGCUAUUGACUUCUGGUUCUACUGGUACCACCGUGCCAUGCACGUCAUCCCUGGUCUCUGGCAGUUCCACCGCACGCACCACUUGACCAAGCACCCCAACGCUCUCUUCUCUGCUUAUGCCGACCACGUCCAGGAGUUCUUUGAUAUUGUCGGAAUCCCCCUGCUCGCCUACGGCACCAUGCGCCUAUUCGGUAUCAACAUGGGCUUCUUUGACUGGUGGAUUGCACAACAGUACGUUGCCUUUGUCGAGGUUGGUGGCCACAGCGGUCUCCGCGUGCACUUUACGCCUCCCAACCCCCUCGACCCUAUCCUCACCUACUUUGGCAUGGAGCUGGCACUUGAGGACCACGAUCUGCACCACCGCAAGGGCUGGAGAAAGAGCCACAACUACGGCAAGCAGACGCGUGUCUGGGACCGCAUCUUUGGCACCUGCACUGACCGUAUCGAAUCUGUCGCCUCCAACGUCGACUACAAGAACACAGCCACCAUGAUUUGGCGAUGA